CAGACGACUCUUGCAUAUUUUGGUUGUUUUGAUGAGGAGUGUUGAUUACCCUUGCAUGUAACAGAAACUCUUAAAAAAAGGGAAAUUAUUCCCGUUGAAUCUCAUUUCCUCGACAUGGUGGAAAAAUCUAAACCUCCAGCAGCGGCAGCGAAACAAGAAACUCUCCCGAAACGAGCAGGUAUACUGAAGAAGUCAAGCACAUCUCUGGAACCAGUUCCUGAAUUUGCAGAGUCUUCAAUUCAAAGAGCAGAUUCUAAUUUAGAUAUGGUCGAAAGUGAGAGAACAUCAACACCACAUGAAGAACAACAGAAAUUCAAGGCUCUUUGUGAAGGAGUGCAAAACUGCCUGGCAUUAUUUCAGACUUCCCUUUCAGAGUUACUUGCAAUAAAAGAUGAGCUUUUAAAGCAUGCAUUGCCACCCAGUUUACUCUUAAAGGUUGCGCUGGUCACUGGAAAAUUGUUCAGAAGCUCAUCAGAUCUCAGUGUGAUGAUGAUGAUGAUCCCUGAUGAAAACAAAGAAAAAUAUCAAUUAUCGCGUUACUAAGUGAUCAGAUAGCAAAUUCUCCAAACUAACUUGAUGAGAAUCAUUUGGCAGAUGGUAAGGAGAAUUACUAAUGAGAUCUUGGGAGUUAAAGGAAAAAGUGAAGACAGGGGAGGUUUAUGCAGGUGGUAUAAGUACAGAUGAAGAAACUGGUAGGACACUGUUUAUAAAUCCACGUUACAUGACUCAUCAGUGCUUAUAAAUAGAAUCGUCCUCAUAGCUCACAGGUUUCCUUGAGCCUCGCUCUCGGAAAACUGUUCGUAUCAUAGAGCAGACUAUUAAUGUCCGCGGACAAAUAUCCGUGCAUAUUUCCGUGCUAAAUAGAGGCUAUUGUUUAUUUCUUUAUCUAGCGACAUGCAAAUAUUCGCUCCAAAUUUUAAAAGAACAAUUGAAAUGGUGUCGAAUUAAAGACCAAAGCAAGAAGGUCAAAAACUCAAGGUGAACGGCUGGCAUUGACAUUUGUAAGCUGUUACCUGGGAAAUCAAGUUAACGUCUACUGCAAUCGCUAACUCUCUUGAAACUUUGCCAUAGCAAAUACAGCUAAUACGAACUGAAGAAGUUCGUUGUAUUUUCGCCGGUAUUUUAUAAAACCGAGCUUUGCCAUAGUGCUGUAAGAUCUUCAUCCCACCGAGAUUUAAUAAGCAGCGCCAUUUUCUACGCGCCUUGUUGGCUAUUUUCCAUCUCAUAUAUAACGUACGCUCGUGGAAUAACAAUUAAAUAUUCACCGAUUUUUAAAAAAGACAACACAAAUUCACGGCCACAGCGUAAAAACCGAUCUCGGCGGCUGAAAAUUAAUGAAAACUAUUGCGUAUGAAAAGUUUGUAGGAGUUCUCAGCAACUGGUUCCUAUUCAGUAAGGUCAGCAUGAAGAUCUUCCUUUCCGAAAGUUUCCCAUUAGCAAGAUCAUAUUUGCACCUGAAUAAGUACCGUUUAUUUAUAGAACUCUUACAAACAUUCACUAAUUAGGAUAAGUGUUUCAACCAAGAAAAUGUAAUUUUCAUGUACUGCGUGUGCUCAAUACAUUGAGCAUACACAGUUUCAAUAGGUAUACAUCAUUAAUAAUGGCAGA